AUGCGCCCCUGUACCGCCUCCUCAUGCUGCUGCCAGGUCCAGAGUGUGUCAUGGGCCCCCGUACCGACUCCUCAUGCUGCUGCCAGGCCCGUAAUCUGUCAUGGGCCCCUGUACCGCCUCCCCAUGCUGCUGCCAGGUCCAGAGUGUGUCAUGGGUCCCUGUACGGCCUCCCAUUGCUGCUGUCUCUAUCGCCACACUCUGCCAUGUGCCACUUUCAGGUCUCCUCACACUGCUGGUGGUUUCCAUUUUUGUCAUAGGGUGCUGUAUGGCCUCCCAUUGCUGCUGCCUCCACCGCCACACUGUGGCUCCACACUCUGGUUUUGGCCCCGUGACUGCCCAAAUGAGUGAAGUGUGCGGUGAUUCUAAGAUCGACGGCACUCAUCUGCAUGUCAUACUGACUGACAGUAUUAUUUCUCUUCCCCAGCAGCUCAUCUCUAGCAAGAACACUUAAA